AUGAAUCAGAAUGAAUGGCAGAAACAUGCACCGUCACCAAAAUAUAUUCCGCGAGUUAGUUAUGAGUGGGUUAAGUAUUUGCCAGAAGUUAUCAAUUACCUAAAUAAUUAUGCAACUCGACUUAUUAAAGCUCCUGGGUCGAAGAAAUGGGGAUUAGCGCCUAUAAAAGCAAUUAAGUUAGAAAAGGUUGAAUCUAGACCAUCUACGAAAUAUAAACGUCCGGUUGGAAGAGAUGAAAAAAAGUUAAAAAAGGGCGAUACAGUUCGUUACUUACUUGCCAAUGGAGAAUGGGAAGGAGGUAUGGAGAAUCAGAAAAGAGCCACGGAUCCAACAUUUUCGCCAUCUAUUCAUAAAAUUCGAAAAAUCAUAGUUUCAAAAAACGAACCUAUAUUAUAUUAUCUUGAAGGUAAUGAAUUUACGCCUAAGCGAGGAUUUGUAAGGGAGGAAUUGUUUUAUGUAGAUUUAGAAAAGCUUCAAUACCCACCCCAAAGUAUAUUAUCGGAAAAGAAUCAUCCCCGAUUAGUUCAUUUUAUUCUGGUUUUAAAUAACGAACUAGAUCAAGCUUGUACCUAUGCUAAGAAACAUGGCGGAAGUUGUCUUGAAAAAACCGGUAGAAUUAAUGAUGAGGAAGAUGAAUAA